UGUGUGAAAAUAAAUAGAAAAAUUAGGCAACUUAAUCAGCCUUGGCAGGUGAAUAUUAGGCAGAACUUUGUUUUCCCUUUAAAUAGGAAAAGAUAGUUGCUCAAAGUGAUAAAACUACAAUCUGUGGUCGGUUAAAAAGCCCUUUAUUUUUGCUUAAUAUGCAAUAUUUUUUACUUGAUAUCUUGGACAAGCCAUAGUACAUGUAUUUGGCAGAGAGAGCUGAGUUUAAAAAAAGUCCUGCAGUGUGCCAGGAACAGAACUGGGAUAAGUAUUUGGGGCAUCCUGACUACAACACUAGAUCCACUCCUUCAACUCACAGUUCCUUGUCGCUUCAUUGUAUUGUCUUUUUUUAGCUACAGAGAGUAGUAGGUGGCUUCAGAAGAGCUAGAAAUGGGCACAUCAUCUUCAAAUUUAAUAAUCUUCAGUAUCCAAAAAAAGGUAUCCCAAAGAACUAGUAUCAGCAGACAGGUGAGAUGAGGUGUUUUGGAAGAUCUCACUUACUAGAACGACUAUUUUUAAAAAGCUCCUGAACGUCUGUGACGUGCUUGAGCUUGUCUGGAACUAGUACAUAGCCUUGCUAACAUUUCUGUUCCCUUCAGGCAAAUUCGUCACUGAUACGAAGAUUAGCACCUGUGCCUGCUUUUGUUAUCCUGGAAAAAAAUAAACAGUAAACCUAUGGGAUUGCUAGUGUCUUAAACUGACCUUUGUUUUAAGUGGCUGAUAAAGUCCUUUCUUUAGUCUAAAUGUCCUUAAUUCUUCUGAGAUUGAGCGAUUGGCCCUGACCAGGAUAACGAUACAUGAAUUGAUAUAUAAAUUAGAAAUGGUUAAGCCACGUGAUACUGGCUAGUCCCGUAGAAACCAUUCUCCUUGUUUGAAUUUAUGGGGGAAAAAGGCACAAACCUGAUUAGCCUGAACAUCAAGCUUCUUGAAGAUCCAAUAUCACUGGGUUUUAUCUGUCCAAUUUACGUUGUAUCAUCUGUUUUUUUGUAGGUAACGUAAAACCAUGAAGUCAGAGCAAACUCUGUAUCGUGUGUUCUAGGUAACUCCACAGAAAUGCAAUUGGGGCCAGCCUCUGCUCCCUAUUGGAUGGGAUCAUCCAGCAACACCAAGUGCAUACAGAUCUGCCAUCAAUGGUAGCGAAGUCCUGCGUGUAUUUGCUGCCCUAGUCAAAGCAGUGCUAACAAAAAUGUCUGCAGCCUACACCCCAGCAAAAGGGUGCACGCACCAGAGUCCUGGUUGGUGCUGGGUGCCAGAGGGAUGGUGGCAAUUCAGUUCAGCAGACAAAUGAACUGGCAUACAUUUGCUACAUAAAGACUAUGACAAAACUGCAUUUUAAUAUGUGUGAUUAACUGUCAUUUUAAUAUAUGUUAAUGGAAGUAUACACAAUUUCUUUUUCCAAAGCUUUUUGUUCUCACGGUCAGACUGUGGCGUAGCACUGUUCGAGGUCACUCUCCAUGCAGGAUGUGCAUGGAUAUUUUGCAUUUAAAAUAUAUAUUCAGUUCAAUGGAAAAAAAAAAAAAAAAAAAAGACAGAUAAUAUGUACCUUGUGAAUAAAGCAUCUACCUUGGAGCUGAGCAUGCUUCAGGUCAGCAGGCUGACAUCACAUGUUAAGUUUAUAAUCUAUUUCUUUCAGUUGUUGUUAUGCCUCUGCAGAGGAUUCCCAAGUCCCACAGAGCAGAUCCUUGUGGCCUCCCCAUCCCUACCUCAGCAGUUCUGGUCAGUGAUUUGGGCUCUGACAGGACUUCAGCAGCAGGUCCCGCUCAGCCAAAAUUCAAGCAGGGAAGCAGCGCUUUGCAGACAAAGUGUAUCUGAGAGGCUGUUUGAGCCUCUCCAGAGCAGGCCUGCCUCCUCUCCCAGGUAGUUUUAGUGCCUAUGGCACCACACCCCACUUGGAAGGCGAGGAUGUCAAACAGGUUGGCUUUCCCUCAGGGGAGCGGGUGGAGUAAGUGCAAACUGGCUCCCUUCUCACUGGCUCCCCUGCUCUCCGCCUUCGCCGCCUGGGCGAUAAAUGCGUUUCUUAGAGGGCAAGUGGCACCUACAGUGCUGCUCGUGGCUUUGCCAUAGUGGGGCCGUCUGCUUUUGUUACCUGUCCUGCACCAGACUUGUUUUUUAGGGACGUCUCUCUGUUCUGCAGUGCUUGAGUGGGAUGGUGAGGGACCUUGCUGGACAGAGCCCCUGAUUAAAAGCGUCCCCUCAAAGCUUUGCACUGCCAACAUCUAUCGGUAUCACCUGGAAAAAGUAAUCGGUGCAAUCAGAGCACUACAUAGAAGACCAUGGGGAAAUUCAGAAGAAUCCUUCUCUUGUGCCUUGGCUUUCUUCUAGUCCAUGUAAGAGGUCAACGUGACUUUGAUUUAGCUGAUGCUCUCGAUCACCCGGAUGACAUAAUUACCAGGAAGCCUACAGUGAUCAGAAGACCAACACGGCCUCUGCUGAACAAUGAUCUGCAUUUAGGAGAUGCUUUUGGUGGAGGUGACUACCCAAGACAACCUUUAUACCCACCUCUUCCACCACGACCAGGAAGCCACAGUAGUUCUGGAGGUUUUAAUGACUUGGAUCUCGUUGAUGGGAAGCCCUUACCACCGCAUAUCGCAGGAGAAGAAGAGCAUCAUUUCAAUCACGGUGGAAACACAGAUUCAGGAUUAAUAGCUGGAGUUACUUCUCCUAUAAUUUCUGCUUUUGUGAUAUUAGUUGUUGGAUCAAUAGCUGCCUACACAGCUUACAAGAACAACAAACUUUGUUUCAAACCACGUGGUGGGGCUACAGUGUAAGCUGCAGAAAUGAAAACUGUCCUCUGAUGACAGACUCCUUCAGUUGGCGACGUUCACCCCACAGAUCUGACAUUUAUUCUUCUGCUUUGUAAUUCUGACAAAAAUAUCUUCCUCUGACGAGCAUUUUGUUGAGACAUUGGAAUACUGUUCUCUUUGACCUGUUGUUACUCUUACAUCGUGAGCUUUACAUCAUCAAAUAUGUACUUAAAAUGUCCAGGAAUAGUACUGCACUAUUUGAGGUGUAUUCAUAAAUGCUGGAUAAGUAUUUUGAUUCAGAAGUUAUUUUAAAUAACAUAGAAAUCAAGUUUAAGAUGAGCUUAAAAUUUAAUUUAAAUGUUUUGGCUUUGAACAUUUGAGUCUAGAACAAUUUUGUCCCCAAUUUAGCCAAAAUACUUAAUCUUUCUGAUAGAAUAGAAAUAAGGAAAUUGCCAUUUCCAUUCAUACAUUUUGGAUUUCUUCAGCAUAUUUCUGUGUUGUCUGUAAUAUUUAAGGAAAACUUGAAGUAGUAUAGAGGAUUAAGAAUUUUAAUGCCUUUAUUUUGUAUCUUAUGCCUGAAUUCUUGCAAAGUAGAAAGAGCUAUAGAUGGAAAAUUCAUUCUUAAUUUUGAUAUACAUCAUGAAAAUAAAAGAAAAAUGCCUUGAUGAACCACUGUUUAAAAUAACAAAAAACAAGCUGAUUUUAUUUAUUUAUUUAUUAUUGUAAUGGUACUUAGCUCUUCUCAGGAACUAGAACCUGCCAUAAAUUAUGUUUAUCAUUUAUCUGCCUGCUCUAGGAGCCUAUGAAGGCAAUCUGGCUUUUUGUUUUUUACUUUUUUCUUUUUUUUUUUUUUUUUUUAAGAACCAUAUUAUUAAUAAUUUCUGAAAGGAACACUAUGUUCAAAGGUUUUGGAAUAAUUUAGAACCAGUCUGUGUCACUUUGUCCUAUAAAAUCUAAGUCACACCAACUUUUAAAUUUCAUACAUAUCCUUUAGUAGAGAUGUGGUUGAUACAUACAAUUUCACUAGCAAUGCUGUUUCAUCUUUUCCCCUUCAUUCCUGAUCAACCUUACUGUGUUAAUAAAUAUUCUUACAUAGACAAAGAUAUCAACAAAAACUAACGCUUUCCAGUUUCUCUGUCUUCAUGUAGCUAACUGAAUCAAAAUACUACUAAAUGAAUGAAAAGUAGAUGAAAACUGGCAAAACUAGUAGUUUACUGACAUAAUUCUACAGUACAGAUAUUUUAGCUAACUUAAAAGCAUAGAGGAAAUCCAUGUGUUUUUGUCUUCAUCUUAUAUGCAAAGGAUGCUUUUUCUUACUAAAAUUGCAUGUAGAUUGCAUAAACAUGAUUUUGUGUUUGUUAAAUUGUUGAGAGAAAGAUGUCAUCUGAAAAAGUACACUUUUUGUAAAAUAAAAUACUAUUUUGUCUAUGUUAUACUUGAAAUUGUUAUGUUGCUGAGGAGAUUACCAAAAUCUUUAUUUUGAUCCUAAAAGUAAGAAAUUAUAAUGUACAUCAGUUUAAAUACAGAAACACCUUGACAACACACAAAGGAAUGAGUAAUUCUGUGGCUAUCACUUUCAACUUAUGAAUGGUAACAUAUUUUAAUAUGGUUUUCAAGUACACAUGCUAUUUCUUUAAAAAUACCGAUUUGCCAUGUUAAUGUUUAUUAAAAAAUUAUAUAUGUUUUUCAAGCUAGACAAAUUUUUGAUUAACAAAAUGUUAUAACAUUUUCUACUUUUGAUGUCAGCUGCUUGUUAACAAUAAAAAUAUGUAUUUUCCUUCUUUCUCUUGAAAAUUUUCAAUAAACACAUACAGUGUUUUACCUAA